GCUCCACCCACAGUCUCCAAAGUUCCCGCAUCCGAAAGCGAAAAGAAAAGCAAGGAAGGAAAGCAAGCAAGCAGCGGAUCGAGAUCACCAUCGCCAUGGGGAAGCGCAAGUCAUCUUCGAGCAAGAAGCUGCUCGCGAAGAAGCCCAAGCACGCCCAGAAGCUGGAGAAAGUCUUCAACUGCCCUUUCUGCGGCUACGUCGACUGCGUGGACUGUCAUCUCGACAACGAAAUCUGGAUAGCCACGCUGCGCUGCAAUCGCUGCGGCGAGUCCUACACCACCAGGAUGAAUCGUCUCACCGAGCCCAUCGACGUCUUCGCCGAGUGGAUCGACGAGUGCCAGCUCGUCAACCCCGACGACCCAGCAGCAGUAACCGGCGCAAACAACCACCACCGCGGCGGCCGCGAUUCGUCUGUCUAUACUUCUCGGCCGACCAAGAUUGCAACGCACCAGCCGCCGCGGCGCUCGUGCCAAGUAGUUUAGGCCUCUUCCUUAUUGUCGUCUGUAAAAACUAAAAAGCCCUAAUGAAUGAAGAAUGAUUCAAUUCUUGUUUGUUUCAAGCUCUCUCUCUCGUAUUCGGUAAUUAGUUAAUCUAAAAGGGGAAGAAUCAAAGAAACGAACAUAGGAAGU